AUGACCAGCACUGCAGAUGUGAUCGUUCUGUCAUCCUCUCCUAGCCCACCACGGUCUCCAGGGCCAGGCCGAAAUGUUGCAAACCAGGUUUCUAAUAACUCGCCACGAGGCGCAACGCCACCGCCAGCACCUUCGACAUCCGGCUUGUCCAAACCUCCUACGCGUUCUCGGUUCUUUCCCACCCCAAUUGCGAGCGUGAGCUGUACCAAAGACGCGACGAAAGCGAAGAAGCGAUCGACAAAGAAGGAUUCUGCCUCCAACGGUAGUGACCAAACUGCACCUAGUAAACCGCGGCGGAAGGCGAAGAAAAGCGCAGAGGCGCCAGAAAUACCUGCCCCCGAGGAGUCUCUGCAAAAUUCUGUUGGCACACAGAAUGAUGCAGUGAAGCCGACCAAAGCUCGUGCCCGCAAAAAUGCCAAGAAUAAAGAUUCAGGAAACAUGACACUGGCUGGGAAGGUCACGAAGACGGGAGAUCCACCAGCAAAGAAACCCAGCAAAGGCGGAAAGAAGGCAGCUACCUCGAAAUUAUCACCUCCAGAAGGUCUACCCAAUGAAUCUACCUCUAUUCAAUCAAAUUCUCUGGGAAAGGGCGAGACGUUGCAUCUAGACGAGGCGAUGAGAAGGAGGAUGGACUGGACCCCACCACCAGAUACCCAUCGCGAAGUAAUCAGUGUCAUAGAUGAUACUGAUAGCCAGGAAACAACUCGGGAUUCGAACUUGAUCGGUGGCUUUGGUAAGCUGUUAUCUGACUAUAAUUACUCUGGGUCAGCUUUGAAUCCCCGCGACUUUUUCCAGAAUUCGAAUGACGGAGGACCAACAAAACGUCGACGAAUAGAGCUGGUCGAUCCUGAAAUCCAAGCACUUCUUAAUGGAAGAUACUCUGGGGCAAGCGAUCAGACGUCUGCUCAAGGAGAGAACAUGGCAUCCUCGGCAAAAUCCAAAAAGGCCACCAAGGUCAAACCCAGAAAGUUUACAACUUUGACGGCUCGGAUGACUGCGCAAUAUGCAAAGGAUGAUGCCGAAGAAGAAGAGUCGGUGAUUGAAUGUGUUCCAGAUAUCAGGACGGCAAAAAGUAGACGAGGAAAAGCCAAAGAGACAGAGAAAGAGUCUCCUUUCACUGUACUUUCCCCGGAAGCAGCUGUUGAAUUUCUGAAUGAUCAAGAUCAUAUGUUUGGCACUUGCAGUCAACUAGAAAGAGAAGAUUCGCCACAGACCCUGAGGGAAAUACAACAGGCCAUUCGCGCUUCCGAGACUCUUUCAUACCCCAAGGAGACAUGCAAAGAGGGCUCUGCAUCGAUGCAAGAAACAUCUACUCGUUCUAUAUCAAGGAUGGCAGGCAGCAGAAAUCUGUGGUGUGUCGGUGCAAGAGAUUCUGAAGGGUCUUUGAUCCAAUCAGAAACACUAAGGAUGGUUGACUUGACAGAUGGGAGGGAAUCUCCCAUUCAGAAGAGUUAUAAGGAUAUGAAAUCGCCAAGCCAUAAAGCUCUUCAAAAAGAUUGGUUUGAGCUUGAAUUUGCGGACAUAGAUUCGCCACCAGAAAAGAGACCAUUGUUGCCAUUGACGAAAGAGGACUCGGGUUCAGAUACCAUUGUUACAAUUCCGGCCCCAGCCCCGGAAGCUGCAGCUGCAGCUACAUCCAAACCUACAGUUCCAAAGCCUGCAAAGGGAACUAAAAUUCCUUCUGAGCCGACUGUUUCCCAACCAAGUGCCUCGCAGGCUCCCUCAAUGCCACAUUAUACCGGAUUUACAGACUCGGAGUUGUCUAAACAGAUUUCAACCUAUGGCUUCAAGGCAGUCAGGGGGCGCAAGAAGAUGAUUGAUCUUCUUCAACAAUGCUGGGAGUCGAAACACGGUACCGAUGCUGCUUCUGACAGUCAGUCUGUACAUCAAUCUGAUCAACAGAAGGAAGCCGUCUCUGAAAAGUGCAAUGACCCGAAGUCAAUAUCAGAUGUGAAAGCAAAGGCAAAGGCAAAGAUGAAGACAACUGUGAAAUCUAAACCAAAAACAUCCACAAAGAACAAAAAUCCACUUGACACGACAAAAUCUGCAAUUUCCUCGCAAACGAAUCUCGAGACAAGCCCACAGAAAAGCUCUCAAGGGAAGUCAAUCACUGAGGUCUCAGCGUCAUUUAUUGAUAUAGAGGAGAUCCAAGACUCAGAAGAGGAAAUCAUUCCCUCUCCAAGUCAAGUACAAAAGCACUACACCGACAUCUACUCCAAAUCCAAGACAAAAAGCAAGAUGCAGCAUCAUUCUUUGGACAUUCUCACCAAAUCGCCACCACCAAGCCCAACCAAGCGCAAGGUUGUUUCUUCGAAAAUCUCAGUCAAAAGACCACUAUCCUCUGCAUCCGCUACAACCACCCGCACUGCAGAAUCCAAACAAUUCAGCCUGGCAGAAAUAUCCGCACAGAUCACUGAAGCUGUACGUAUUCAAUCUCGGCUCUCGCCGCUUUCUUCUCGUGGUAGCCGAACUCGACCGACAUGGCAUGAAAAGAUUCUCAUGUAUGACCCCAUCGUCCUGGAAGAUUUCACAGCUUGGCUCAACACUGAGGGUCUUGGGCUUGUCGGCGAAGACUGCGAGGUUGGCACCGUGACUGUCAGGGAAUGGUGUGAAAGCAAAGGAAUCUGUUGCUGUUGGAAGAAGAAUGCCAGUUGGUAA